AUGGGCGAUUGGGCAGUCGAUUAUAUUCUCACCCCCCUAUACGGCCCUACACCUAAUGAAAUGGACGGCCCGGGCAAUCACUUCUACUUCGAAGACAAGAAUCCUUUUCGGAACCGAGUCGAUUCUCUGUCCCUGGAACGCCGUCGAUCAAACUCUGUGCCAGGCUCGGCCAUUGAAUAUAGCCGAAAUGAGUUCCGCGAGAGUCUGAAGCAGCAACAAGAUAUCCAGCGCAGAAAGACGCACCGCCACCACAACCAUCGUAGGAACCGUGUCAAUCCCGAUAUCAUUGAUCAACUGGACAAUGUGAACUUUAUGCAGUAUCACCAUGAGGGUCCAUACGAUGCCGUCUAUCCCGAGAGGAAUGUCUGCAGCAAACGAAGCCCGCUCGAGGCAGUAAAGAACUCGAACGAAGAGACGCUACGAGCCACACCGAUGUACAAGAUUAUCGACAGUGUGAGCCGCCAUCGUCCUUUGGAUGGUGUGGCUUUUUACCCUCCUGGAACGACGGAUAAAGAGGGACAAACAUAUGACUACAUAGAGGGUGACAAUAUGACGGUGGAAAGGGAAGGCAGAUUUCCACGAGCCCCCGGGGAGAAAUUGACGGAUGAGGAUUUCAAAAAUGACCCUUUCUAUCAGCAAGACAAUCUGCAACGCCCACCAAAACGCAUGACUAGCCUGCGAAAGGCCUUAACGAGUCUCAAGGGUCAUUCUAGAAAGGAUUCUGCGUCAUAUUCUUCUGUACCAGUGCACCAGGUAUAG